UGGGCCACAUGUGGUGCCGUGACCAGGAUUUCAAUCAUUUUAACAACAACAUGGACUCAGAAGAAGAAGAAGAGGAUGUAUUGAUGAAUUUUCCAGGAUUUUCUGGUGAUUUAUCGACGUAAUGGACUUACGGAACGAUUCAAUUCUACCCUGAUGAACAUGCUUGGAACGCUCGACCCAAGUAAGAAACACGAUUGGAAAGACCACAUUGAAACAAUGACGCAUGCAUACAACGCUACAGUACAUGAGUCUACUGGCUAUACUCCAUUUUUAUUUAAUGUUCGGAAGACAUCCAAAGCUACCAAUUGAUCUGGCAUUUGGAUUGGUGACUGAAGACCAACAGAAUGACAAUGAAGACUACUGUGAAUAUGUCGAAUCUCUAAAGAAGCGAUUACAACACAGCUACGAAACAGCUCAAGCAAUUUCUCAGAAGUCCAAAGCCAAACAGCGAAAGUUAUACAACCGCAAAGUGAAAGGAAUCGAGUUCCAUGUCGGUGAUAGAGUGCUGAAAGCUGCUACAGGACUGAAGGGACGACACAAGCUAGCUGAUCGUUGGACUGGACCAUACAUUGUAACAGAGAAGAAGAAGGACCAACCUGUCUAUGUUAUUCAAUUGGAAGCUGACAAGAAAUGCACCACARUACACAGAAAUCWRCUGCGACAGUGUAUGUUUCUACCUACUGAAUCAGACGAUGACACCCWAGUUCAACCUGAGGAAGAACACUCAAAUCAGCUCUUAGAAGAAUCAGAGAAUGAUCACAGUGAUAACGAUGAUACUCAUGAUACAGAAAGUGCAGAUGAAACAGAUGAAGGAGAUGACAACACUGAGGAAGAUGAUGACACUGAAGGAGAGUCAGAUGAAAGUACAAACUCAAGUKACAGCACGGAUGCAGAUAACRAAUCGGAAAUCCUUGCAGAUGUUGACAAAGAUAACAGCGUUCCCAACACAGCCAAAGRAGUUGCUGUCAAAGACAAAGAAGCUGCUGAUAAAGAUGAAGCUGUUGAUAAAGAACCAUCUGAACAAACAGUAGUGAAUAAUCGACCAACAAGAAAAAGAACAAAACCAAGUUACUUGUCAAACUAUGUUUGUAAUAUCUAUGUUCGGGGAAGUUCAGAUUAUAAAGCAAAAGUUGAAAAAGGAAAACAACUGUUUGUAAAACUAAAGAACAAACUACAGUAGCAUAAUGAACACUGAUUGAGAACACUGAUAGAACAUUGAUCACAUGUUACAAAGUUAAAAAGUUUAAGUAAUGAUGGGACCAGUUGUAAGAUGUCGCGGACGACAUCAAAUCCACCGGGGGAGGAUGUGGCGCGCGGGAUCCCUGUGGCGCGCAGGGGAUCUUGGGGCCCACGA